AACGUUUCUCGGAGCAAAUGGCACAGCUCUGCAUGAACGAUGAUUACUCGGAUGUGACAUUCAUAGUAGAAAAUGAGCGGCUACCAGCGCAUCGCGUGAUUUUGGCGGCACGUAGCGAAUAUUUUCGAGCGCUGCUGUUCGGCGGUCUAUGCGAGUCCAGUCAAAGCGAAAUUGAACUGAAAAUUCCCGUGGAUGCUUUCAAAGCUUUGUUAAAAUACAUAUAUUCAGGUCGUAUGCCACUGGCACAGAUGGAUGAGAACAACAUACUUGAUACUUUGGGAUUGGCAAAUCAGUACGGUUUCAACGAAUUAGAACAUGCAAUAUCGCAAUAUUUGCGACACUAUUUGGCAUUGGAUAAUGUUUGCGCUAUAUUGGAUGCUGCACGUCUUUACAAUUUAGAGAAGCUUACAGAAGUCUGUUUGACAUUUAUGGAUCGCAAUGCAACAGAUAUAUUACAACAUGAAUCCUUCCGAGCGCUGUCUGAGGAAUCUUUGGAAGAAGUUCUCAAACGGGAUUCAUUUUUUGCUCCUGAGGUGGAGAUUUUUUUAGCCGUAUGGGAGUGGUGCAAGUACCACUCAAAUAUUAAUAUUGAUUCUGUAGUUUCCUACGUACGUUUGCCAUUAAUGAACCUCGAAGACUUGCUUCAGGUUGUGCGUCCCUCAGGCAUUUUAGAACCCGACAAAUUACUCGAUGCUAUUCAGGAACAGACCACUUCUAAAUAUUUACCAUAUCGUGCAGCCCUCUGGCCCGAAGAGAAUGUGGCUACAGCAAAAUUUGGUGCAAGAACUAUUCAAGGGGAUUGUCGUGCCGCUUUGUUGGAUGGCGACUGUGCAUCGUAUGAUAUGGAAAAAGGCUAUACGCGCCAUUGUAUUUCAGACAUUAAUGACAGCGGCGGAAUAACUGUAGAACUGGGCACAACCUGUAUUAUCAACCAUAUUAAGAUGCUUCUCUGGGAUCGGGAUAAUCGUUCGUAUUCCUACUUCAUAGAGGUUUCAGCGAAUUCCACCAACUGGGAUCGUGUUAUUGAUUACACCCAGCAUUACUGUCGCUCAUGGCAAUUCUUGUAUUUCCCAGCGCGUCCAGUGCGCUACAUCAAGCUCGUAGGCACACGUAACACUGUGAAUAAAGUAUUUCAUGUUGUUGGUUUGGAGGCGAUGUAUACCGCUUCUAUGCCUAAGGUGAUCAAUGGAAUUGUGGCACCUACUUCGAAUGUUGCACGCACAGAUAUGAGCGCUAUUGUUGUGGACGGUGUGAGUCGUACGCGAAAUGCACUCUUGAAUGGUGAUUAUGUAAAUUAUGAUUGGGACUCAGGCUACACCUGUCAUCAAUUGGGUAGCGGUGAAAUUGUUGUUAGAUUAGGGCAACCUUACGUUAUUGGCUCAAUGCGUUUGCUGUUAUGGGAUUGUGAUGAUCGCACUUAUAGUUUUUACAUUGAAACAUCGGUAAAUGGAAAGGACUGGCAUAUCGUUGUCGAUAAACGUAACGAACAAGUGCGCUCAUGGCAAAAUUUCUCUUUCACGCCAAGGCCGAUCGUUUUUAUACGCAUUGUGGGUACACGCAAUACGGCUAAUGAGAUCUUUCAUUGUGUGCACUUAGAGUGUCCCUCACAGGACCCCAACUUUCUACAAAUGGAAAAAGAAGAAGAACAGCAAGGCAAUAGCAAGGCGCUGGACGCUUCGGGUGCCGGUGGUGACAGCAAUGAAAGCUGCGCUAGCACAGCAAGUGUCAGUAGCACAGCAAGCAAUUAUAAUAAUAAUUCAAAUCAGUCGAACGACCAGCAAUUGCCAGAAGUUCUCAUCAAACUAAACAAUGUUUCAGUUGAUGACAAUUAGUUAUGCUAUUUCUAAUGAAAACAGAUCGGACAGAGGAGCCGCGUCGGUGCUAUAAGCAUGUCGAAUAACACCACAUAACAUAAAAAAAUGCCAUUAGUGCGACUCAUUGUCAUUUUAUUUUACUUUGAAUAUACAUAAUUAAAUAUACGGAACUAAAUUAUAAGAGGUUUGAACGUGGUCGCAAUUAACAAACGGUUGCUUUAGUACAAUAUUUUUUAAUAAGAAAAAUCGGUUGCAAUAUUUUUCAUACAUCAACAUUGUUCAACUUUUAAAUAAUGGAAAUGGCAUAUUAAAAAAAUAGUCUUUGUCAAUCAAUGAAAAUUUAAAUGAAAUCUUAAUUCAGAACGCAUAUCUCUAAUUUGCCACAGUAAAAUAUCUUAAGGAUGAAUCUUUUAUUAAUAAAAAAAUACACUGAUUAUGUUUAAAACAAAUCCAAUAUACUUAUAGCUACGGAAAUGUAUUAUGAAAAGAAACAAAAAAUUUUAAAAGACGAAACAAAAUGGGGAAUUUCACAAACUAUUACUGUUCUUCAUUUAAUAUUUUAUGUUGAUAACCAAGCAUGUCGUUUAGAAUAUGGUCUAUUUAUUUUAUCUGUUUAGCUUUUAUGUUAGGGACAUACAUAUGUUUAUUUCUGUAUAUAUAUAUAUUUGGAUUCAAGAUAAAAGGAGUCUUUUUUUAAACGCUUUGGUAUAUAAGCUUUUUGAAAUGAAUUGUUUAUGCAGCGCUGUAAAUUUUCAGCUUACAUUGUUCAAAUAACUGUAAGAACUUUUCGUUAUUUAUAAAUUCUGUAUUGGGCUAAAUUGAAAAAAUAUUUCCGGUUAUAAGUUUAAAAUAUAAAAUUUAGCCUGAGUAAGUUCUGGAAAGUUUAUUUUUAAUAAUAUUGACACCAAUGUCGUGAGUUUUCUACAAACAUGUUUUAAUUGAAUGAAAUUUUAAAUUUAAUAAAAAUUGUACACACUUUUAA